AUGGCAGAAAGCAAAAGGGUCCCAAAUUUCACUCAAGCUGAGAAAACGUACCUUAUAAAUUUAAUUUCCCAAAAAUAUGGGAAAAUAUUAGAAGAUAAAAAGACAAAUAGAACUUCUGUGGACGAAAAGAAAGAAGUUUGGAAAGAAAUAGAGGAAAGGUUCAAUGCUAGUGGCCCGAUGGUGUGUUUUAGAAAUGCUGAUUCUUUGAGAUGGCUCUAUGAAAAUAAAAAAAAAGAGUUACGGAAGAAGUUAGGAGAGGAAAAAAAGCAGCGUCAUCUAACUGGUGGAGGCACUAUGCCUCUAAUCGUAAUUGAUGACCUAGAUAAAAUUCUAAUGUCAGUACUUAAUGAAAAGUGUCUCACAGGCAUUCAAAGUCGUUUUGAUUGUGAUGAUGAGGAUGAAGAAAUGCCCAUUAUCAUGCAAAGUGCCCAAAGUGGAGACUAUGUUUUUGAAUUUGUACCUGAUACUGGAGAAGAUCGAGAUGAAAAUGUAGCUGAACAGAAUGAAAAAGAAAAUUUCAGCCUGGUACAGACAGAUGUGCAAAAAAUAGGAAAUGUUAAAAAGAUUAAGAAUCCCAACACAAGCAUUAAUAAUAAUAAUAUUAAUGUAUAUUCAGUGGAUAACAUAGAGACUGAGACUACAAGUGGCACUCCUGCUUGGAAAAAAUUUAAAACUGAUAAUUUAAAACUGCCACUUAAUUCUGCUUUACGCUGCACAGGACGUUCAGGCGAAACACCUACUUCAAAACCAACAAAUAGGAGGAGACCAAUGAUCAAUAGAGCAUUGACCACUUCAGAUAUAUCUGAAAAAUACAAUUUGCUCUUGGAUAGAAGAUUAACUCUACUAGAAAAACAAUUAGGACAACAUGAAGAAAACGCAAAGUUUCAAAAAGAAGAGCAAAAAUUGAAACAACAACCCUCUAAAAUUUUAUGGUCGGCAGUAAAUCCGGGAACCCAAUUAAGGCGACUCAAGGAAAAUAUUAAGUUUCACUUGAUAAUUUUCGAAUUUUAA